AUGAAGUUCCAAACAAAGCCAGGUCGUGUUGUUGAAUUUGCUUCACAUUUUGUCAAAAAGAGAGUUUAUAAAGAAAACCCAUGUUGGAUAGAUGUUGUUGCUAAACAUCCACCAGAAAUCAAUCUCACCAAGGUUCCUCGUAAAUUCACUGAUAAAACCGAAUAUGUGGAUCCUGCAACUAUGUUAGAAAAUGAUGCUAUUAAUCCUAAGACAGGUAGUUUUAAAACCAGAGUUACUCGUCCGGAAAGGUCUAAUAAACAUAAAUAUACUCAUCGUGUUCCAAAAUUAGAGUUUUUAGAAGAUCAAUUAAGAGAUGUAUUUUAUCAUCAUCAUCCUUGGGAAUUGGCACGUCCAAAGACUUUAAUUGAAAACGGAAGAAUGAAUAAUAAUGGUAAUUGGUCGCGUUUGUUACAAUUGGGACAACCAUUGGAUGGAGAAUGUGUUGUUCAAAGAACUUUAUAUAUUUUAAAGAAUGAAGUUGAUAAGGAUGGAAAUAAAUAUAGUUUAUUUGAUGCUUAUGAUAAAGCAAGAUUUGAAUAUUAUAAAUUAAGAAUGCGAGAAGAAAUGGAAAGUCAUGUUGCAAGAGAAGAAUCUACCAUGUAUGGUGGUAUACAUGUUAAUUCAGUUAUGGAUGCCGGUCUUAAACAUGAACAAGAAGCUAUUGAUAGAUGGGCUGUAGUUGCUAAGAAGGAGACUGAUGCUGUGGAAGCUGGUAUGUCUUCAACUAAUGCUCCUCGUGGUAGUAUGGUUGAAGAAGAUAAACCUGCUUCUAUGUUUGAAGCAGUAUUAGGAAGUUCCUUUGUUGAAGGUACUCCAUUAGAAAAUGCACCAAAAAAGCCUGAAAGUAAAUAA